CCUGUUAUGCAAAAAUUUAUAUUACAAAAACUAUCUAGUGGUUCUGGCAACUGAUUGAGCGUCGAUCUCUAUAUUCUCUGCCUAUUCGAAUAUUCAAAGAUCCCGCGUUGUGGCGCCAUAGCCAAACAUACACACAUCCCUAUGUCCAUAUACACAUAUCCGCAUGUCCAAGCAAAAGUGGCACACCUAGCGGAUUUUUCUAAAAGUGUUGAAAGUUAUAAUAAGCAGACGACAAACAAAAUAUGAAUAUAUAAAUAUUACACGAGUAUGGACUUGAGAUAGAAAGUUGUUGCUCAAAUAUUAUUAAAAAGUUACAAUGUUGAAUAGGGAAUACUACUUAUUAUAUCUUUCAGCGUUGAAAAUAGCGCCCUCUAACGGUGCUUGGACGUCCGAAUACACGUCAUAAUUGAAAUGCAUUGUGGAAGGGAGACAGCAGCAGUCGGAGUUCGUCUGCGUCUCGCAGCUUGUUCACACACGCGCGCACAUUCAUUAAACUUUCAUGCGUCUUUGGUGCAAACAAUAAACAACCAAAAAAAAAAAAAAUAAUGUCUCGGUAUUUCCAAUUCUCCAAAGCCAGAACGAUUUGACCAAUUGGUAAAUUUCAGCAGACUUGUCGCAUACGUACAACGAGGGUCAAGGUCGGCCGAGUAAAUAUCAGAGCAUAAUUUGGUUGGAUCAAAAGCAGCUGUGUACAGAAACAAUCAUGCCUGAUCUUUCUCUUGUGCCUCUAACGGCAUUAUCACCCGAGGUCCAACAUUUAAUUUCGACAUUCUUGAAUCCACCAAAAGUUAUCCCAGCAGGUUGUGGAACUAGCGGAUUGCCAAGAGAUUGGAGGGGACUUGCGCAAGUAUGUUCCAUCGGAGGUGAGCUAAUGCCUGCUAUUGCCUCUCAUGCUGAUCCAACUAAGCGAAUACUGGAUAUCGUGCAGACCAAAUCUCAGAAUUUUACUCUAAAAAGCCUGCAAGAUGCUCUGAAGAGCCUUGAGAGGUGGGAUAUCCUCGAAGAUUCUGAGCCACUUCUAGAGAGAGAUGCUUUGUUGUACAUGGAAAGGUUAAAAAAGUCUCAAGAAACUGCUGAAGGAAAUGAUUACUCUGCUGAUGCUGAAAUUUUGACCUUUGAUGAUCAAUUCAGAAUAGAGCGUGGAGAAGGAAAGCAACACUACGAUGCAUUUCUACUGUAUGCAAAUGAAGACGAAGAGUUUGCACAAGAGAUGAUAGAAAAUUUGGAAAAGAAAAAUCAUCUCAAGCUGUGUUUAAAAGAAAGAGAUUUGGUACCUGGAUUAUCAUUUGAACAUGAAGCUAUUAUGAGAUUGAUAUCCGAAAGAUGUAAUAGGCUCAUUACAAUCAUUAGUCCAGAUUUCUUUAAAAGUCCUGCCAACAAGUUCUUUCUGAACUAUGCGCAAGCUUCUGGCAUAGACAAGAGACAAGAAAGAAAAAUCAUCCCAUGUGUGUACAAAAAUUGUGAGCUUCCACCUCAGUUAACCUACUAUUCUAAAAUUUAUUACAAGCAGGUGUCACCUGAUUUCUUUUGGGAUAAACUCACUCGAUCUAUGAAAGCAAUACAAAGUGUUCAAAAUGCUCAAAUGUUUACUAAAAAUUCAAGCGAUUCUAAGGCGAAAAGCAGUAACUCAACAAAGAAUACUCCACUUCAAGAGCCCAAAAAGAAAGUAGAAAAAAAUCCACCUGUUGAAACAUCAAAAGCUGUGAAUGGUCUGAAAAACCGUGUGUUACUUCCUUGGAAAAGAAGAGAAAAUGCAGAGUUAAGUGAAAAGCCUAAUAAAAAAGGUGAGAAACUUGUAACGCAAGACCCUAUUCCAAAACUCCCGUCACUUGAUGGAUUGGAUUCACUAUCAUGCGUAACAAGUAGUGCAAAUACUACUACAAAGAAAUCUAAGAAAAAUAAAAAGUUUCUGGGUAAUUAUGUAAAGAAAGUUCAAUCGCUUCUCACAAAGUCAUAAUACUUUUUUCACUAUAGUUUUGUAAAUAUUGUUUUAAUUGUGACACAAAAUUCUCAUCGUGUCGGGAAAAUUGUUUUUCAUGACUGUUGCAUAAGUGACUGUGAUAUUAAGAAAUAAGAAAUUAUCUACAGUAUCUGUACAUUUUGUGACUUAAAUUUUGAUAAUUACUCUUUAGAUUGAUAUUAUAAGAGAAUUAAUAAAUUAUUAUAUAAUUUUUUAAACUAAAA